AAGUCUCAGCGUUCCUCUCUUGAUGCGUUGUGACUUGUGAGUUUUAAAUCAGCAAUUUCUUUAGUUCGGUAUUAUUAAAAAAUUUAAAUUCGCGACGAUUAUUGAAUCCACGAGUCCAACCGCGGAUACUGGACAUUAAGCCAACCGCUAAUCGAGUGCUCCCAAAUUUGGGGAGGUCUCCCAAUUUUGGCGGUUCCUCUCUCUCUCUUCGUUGCUUUCCAUUCCAUUUUCCACGAAAAUUGUGUGUGGUAUAUAUGUACAUAUGCACACAGAUAUAUAUGUAUGUAGAGAAAUAUUUGAAUUGUUUUUGGAGCCGAUGAUUCUGAGCUUUGCGACGUGAUCAGAGAUGGCGGAGGGAACUUACGUGAAGCUGACCAAGGAAGAAGAGGCAUUACAGAACGUCACGCCUGGAGAGCUCAACCAGGCCAUUGAUGUUGAACGACUGACUGCUAGUAGAUGCAUGGAAUGUGGGCAAACUUUACCUCCAAACUACCAGCCCCCUGCUGAUGAAGAUUGGACAACUGGGAUUUUUGGUUGUGCUGAAGAUACUGACAGUUGCUUGACUGGACUGUUUUGCCCAUGUGUAUUGUUUGGACGAAAUGUUGAAAGCUUGCAAGAAGAUAUCUCUAGGACCAGUGCAGGCAUUUGUCAUGUGGUAUGUGUUGAAGGUGGCAUGACUCUUGCUGCACUCACAUCAAUUUUCUAUGGCGUUGAUCCAAAUACUGCAAGUAACAUAUGCCAGGGUCUAUGCUUUGCUUGGUGGAUAUGUGGUAUCUACACAGGCAUGACUCGGCAAUCAUUGCAGAAAAAAUAUCAUCUCAAGGAUUCACCCUGCGACCCGUGUAUGGUGCAUUGCUUGUUGCAUUGGUGUGCCCUAUGUCAAGAGCACAGAGAGAUGAAGAAUCAUCUAUCUGAUAAUGCUGUCUUGCCAACAACCAUUGUUAACCCUCCUGCAGUUCAGGAGAUGAGGGCCGGUAUGAAUCAAGAGAAUCAAUCUUCAUCUGGAGAAGGUACCGGAAGCAGUAACUUGGAGAUUCAGCCUUUGUAGGAUCAUCCCUCUGUUUUCUGCCGAGGCAAAUAGUGAACUUUUAGUUGUCUACUGUAUUAGAGGAAAAAUCUGCACUUGUCAGGCUCAAUUUUGAAAUAAUAGGCCCAAUUUUCAUCAGUCAAGCUCGUUUAAAAUGCAAAAUGAACCGAGUUUGAUUAGAUUUUUUAGCCAGUUUGUAUAAACGAGUAUCCAAACAAUAUGUUGCUCGGUUCAAGUAGGGUGAUAUUUGUGAAUGGUUUUGACUUUAUUACCCAAAAAAAAAAAAAAACUCAUCUAAAGAAU